UAUAUUUAUUCCGUUCGUACCUCACGUUGUGUGGGGAUUCCUGCGUGUAUUGAUGCAGCAAUGGCGGAGCGCUCGAGUUCGGCGAACCGCCACCGCAGCGCCACUGCCAAUGGGCGUGGCCUAGACACAUUGGCCGCGCGUUAUAGGCGUGUCAAUUCACCUCCCACUCCCUGACGCCAGUCGUCGGUGAUUGACAGUUGGCGAACGACUGCGGACGGCGCAGGAUCUAAACGCUCGCUUGUUUCUUCGGCUGUUCGCUCCGUGUGAUUUUCGAAAAACGUUUACGUCCGCCGCCUCACCCUUCACACAAUCAAGGCCUGAAGUUUAAAACGACAAUUUCCUAUAUGAAAAAUUAAUUUCUUCUGAGAGAAAUAAAGCCCGUGUGUAAAAUAUAUGUUUGUGGAAGGUGUCCUGAGGCAGGAUUCGCGCAAUCGGUAAUAUUUGGUCGUGGUGGUUAGUUGGCCACAGUGCUGGUUCCUUUGUUGGAAGAAAAAUAUCGUGAUUUCUGUGACUUUGUGUUUGGUGAUUUAGUGAAAUGUCACAUGUCGGUGAUGACAAGUAGAUGUGAUCGUUCGUGAGUGAUUGACGUGUUACGGAAUUUUGCAAAAAAAAAAAAAAAGAAUUUCAAGAUCAAUUUGGACAUACGGAUACAAGUCAGGAGUGAAAAGUGCCCGUGGGACGAAAGACCACGUGCUCGAGGCCCAGUGAUGCGACGACGCCACUGACGAACCGGCAGAGAACCUUUUGGAUCAUUGAGGUGCAGUUCCUCUUGACAAUGAGGAAGCAGGACACAUUUGUCUGGCGAUUUAAGCUUUGCUGACGUCACGACCAAGCAACUCGAGGCUCUAGGAACGAGAGACGAGGUACGACCGCGAUAGUGUUUCGGUUUAAGUGCGUGCAUCUGUCGCAGAGAGGUUGGCUGUCGUGCCUUGCCGCCGUCCACCGACGGUAACAGUUUCGCUUUGUCAGUGAUUUCUCGUAUGAAAGUGCCAAACGACGGGAAUAGUGGAAGCAAGUUUGAAGAAAGCAGAAGAUAAAGAAGAGGUGGUGGGCGAGAGAGAGAGAGAGAGACGAGUUGUUAAAGGUGUGAGGCUAAUUGAUUGUUACUCUGGGAAAAUAUAGCCGCUACGGUGGCUCAGCACGCAGAGUUCCCCGGCGCGGCCAGGGCGUUCAUGUCGCAGCCAAGGUAUGACGAUGGCCUGCACGGAGGCUAUCUCGAAGGAGGCGGUGGUGGGGGUGGGGCAGGACUUUAUCACCCAGAUCCACAUGCCAGUGCCCGAGGUGUUCCAGGACUUCACCACAGUUCACACCUGGGAGCAAUGGGGCCGGCCCACCCCCAGUACCCACCACCCCCACCCCAACCACCUCACAAUGUAUUGGCGGCAGUUGCGUCAUCGGCGGCGAUACCGGAUGUUCACAAACGAGACAAAGACGCCAUUUAUGGACAUCCUUUGUUUCCAUUACUCGCCCUAAUUUUCGAAAAGUGUGAGUUGGCAACAUGCACCCCUCGGGAGCCCGGAGUCGCGGGUGGUGACGUGUGUUCGUCUGAAAGUUUUAACGAGGAUAUCGCCGUCUUCUCAAAACAGAUCAGACAAGAAAAGCCUUACUAUAUAGCAGAUCCAGAGGUGGAUUCAUUGAUGGUACAAGCAAUCCAAGUCCUCCGGUUUCACCUCCUUGAACUCGAAAAGGUUCACGAGUUGUGUGACAAUUUCUGCCACCGAUACAUUAGCUGCUUGAAGGGUAAAAUGCCAAUCGACCUCGUGAUCGACGACCGGGAUAGUACGAAACCUCCAGAUAUGGGUAACGGUUUGGACGCCGGUGGACCGAGGAGUACAGCUGACAGCGCGAGCCAUACCGAUGGAGCCAGCACGCCCGACGUCCGACCACCUUCUUCAUCACUUUCCUACCCUGGUCCUGGAGGUAACGAUGAUGCACGCAGUCCCGGAAGCGGGGGAACCCCUGGCCCUCUCAGUCAACAAGCCCCCACAAGUUUGGACUCCUCCGAUCCUGAUGCGAUGGGUAAGUCGUCAUUUCACUCACCGGAACCGAAGUUAAUAACGUCCAACGGUAAAUGGUGUCCACGUAGAGAAUGGAGUUCGCCACCAGACGCUCAAAGAGCAGCGAGCGACGCUGCUCGACGGGGAGUUCUUUAUUCUUCCGUAUUCCUCGGCAGUCCCGGUGAUGCAAGUAAUGCAAGUAUCGGUAGUGGUGAAGGUACGGGGGAGGAAGACGAUGAUUCGUCGGGUAAGAAGAACCAGAAGAAGAGGGGCAUCUUUCCCAAGGUCGCGACAAACAUCCUCAGGGCGUGGCUGUUUCAACACCUAACGCAUCCCUAUCCCUCGGAAGAUCAGAAAAAGCAGCUGGCACAAGACACGGGGCUAACGAUCCUUCAAGUUAACAACUGGUUCAUUAAUGCGAGACGCAGAAUCGUCCAACCUAUGAUCGAUCAGAGCAAUCGAGCCGUGUUUCCGCCAUUGUCUGCAGGUCCAAGCGGUGCUUACAGUCCGGAUGCAACGAUGGGUUACAUGAUGGACGGACAAGCGGCCAGUAUGAUGCACCGGCCGCCUGGUGAUCCAGCCUUCCAUAAUCAAUACCACUAUCCACCAGAAUAUUAUGGCCACCACUUAUAAAGCUUGAUGAAGAAUUAGAUGGAAAAAUUAGGUUCCACAAAAGAACCUUGUGAAAAAGAAGGCUGAACGAGGGGUGAUGCUUGGCGAACCAAGCUCCGACCUGAAGAACCACGUCUGUCGAAGCCACUAGAUUACCGCAAGUGAAGGUGCCGACAAUUCUUGCCGCAUAACCGCCAGAUUUUGAGGAAGAGGGUACUGUGAGAAAACAAAAAUUCCGAGCAGGUCCGGAAGUGGAUAAAUGUCAAGAGAGAAAACGACCUAGAGGAACCACGUGGAUGAAUCAAACAAAAAUCAACCAUCUUAUCCUUGGUGCUAAAACAUGAUUUAUCCAUAAAAAAGAAAAAGUCGAAGAGAAGAAUGUAGGAUCAAGAAAAAAAAAUAGAGGGACAAGUAGAAAAAAUAAUUUAUAAGCCCAAAAGCAAAAUAGAGGAAGGCUGUCGAUGAAGAAGAAAAAAAGAAGGCCACCGGAAAUGAAAGGGUCGAGAAAAAGAAAUUCAUGUGAUUGUUCUUUGUACAAAAUAUUGCGUUGUAAUAUUGUAGUGAUUGAAGAUAUUAAAUGUUAAAUUUUAAUACGAUCACGAUUGAGAAAACUCUAUAUAUAUAAAUAUAUAUAUAUAUAUGUCAAUGUAUGCUUGUAUAUAUUUAUAUAUAUGGAUAUAGGCAAUUUUAGCGGGCAUGUACCUUACCUGGAUGCUCGCAUGUCGAGUGUAGAAGCGUGUCAUAAGAUCUUCAAGAGCUAAAAAAACUUAUAAAAUUGGAGAUGAAAAAAAAAAUUUAAGAGCGAAAAUAAAAGAAGGCUUUGAAAGAAAUCUGUGACCAUGCUUUAACGCAAAAGCGUGUGCCGGACUUGGGAACUAAGUCCCCUGCGACCUAAUAGGACAUUGAAUUUGUACAGUUCUUACUUAUAAAUAAAUUUACUAACUAAAUAAAAUUAAAUAUAUAUAUACAGAAAUAUGUAUAUGUAAAUAAAUAAAUAAAUAAAUGUAUAUAUAUAUAU